UUGAGUUUUUCUUCUCCAUCCAAAUCAAGAGGCUGCGGCCAGUCCAGGGCUCAUGAGCAAGGGCAGGUUCCCUGGCCGUGGCCGGGUGAUUCCAGCUCACAAAGGCCACGUAUGGCGAUGGUGCUCCAGACGCCCUUGUAUGUUUGGGCUAUUUUGGUUUUGCUUCCAUGUGUGUAGGUGGGGAUUGCACGGUAGGAGGUGAGAAACCUCAAUUCUAAUGCUUUCGGCUCCAAACUUCCAAUCAACAUCCACAUACGUUUCACCUAGUCGUGUUCCUCCCAAAUUGCUAAUAUGGUUUUCAGUUUUUGCAGAGGCUGUAGAUAGAAGAGAUCAUGAGGCUGAACAUCCUGUCCAAACAGGUUAUGUUUCGCCAUUGGCAUGCAUAUUGAUGUGCCAUGCAUCUCAUUUCAUCAUGGUGGUCGGCAACCGAGUCUUCGCCGCCGGAGCUGUUCAGUAUCGCCUACUCUCGGUCAGGGUGAAGCUCGGCGAGAGAGGCCCUAUAGUUUACAAAUAUUCGUGGAGCUCUCACAGUGGAAGACAGAGAGAGGAGCUACUCCAGCAUUGCACGGCUGACAGCAAGCUAGUGACUAAUGCCCUCAUCUUGUUGUGUAAAUUAAUGCAACUGGCGUUAACUUGUAGAGCACCAUGUUGUUAGAAUAGUUCUAACAUCACCGUGUGAUUUCGUUUACAUUUUUGCUUGCUUGCCGGUGCACCAAACAAGAUGCAAGAUGGCAUAUAAUGUAUUUUUACAUUGAAUCAUGGAUGGUGCAUUGGUGACAUUUUCUUUAGAGUAUGAUGAUCAUCUUUGUUUUA